AUGUCCAAAAAAAGUCCAAUAACUUGUCAUGUUCUUGACACGUCGCGUGGUGAACCAGCGAAAAUGCUCCAAAUUAGAUUGGAGAAAAAAACGUCGACUUCGUCAGAAGAGCCUGAUAAGAAUUGGGUUCUUGUGGCAGUAGGAGAAACAAACGAAGAUGGCAGAUGUCCAAAUCUUCUUUCAGCUAAGAGUCCCGAAAUAACCGAAGGAUUAUAUCGUUUCACUUUUAAUACGGGCUCUUAUUUUCGUAAUUUUAAUAAAGAUACCUUUUAUCCAUACGUUCAGAUUAUCUUUGAAGUCACCGAUACGACGCAACAUUAUCAUGUUCCAUUGAUCCUGAGUCCUUAUUCUUAUACCACUUAUAGAGGAAGUUAA